AUGGCUCAAGAUCAAGAACUCAACCUAGAAUUAGAUUUAACUCCAUAUGAUCCAUGGGUCAUAAAGAAGAUGUUAAGUGACAUUGAUGUUUCCCAACAAGGUAAGCUUAAUUUACCGAGACAGGACUUUGAAAAUUUUAUAAUUCCAGAGAUGGUAGGUGAUUUAAUCCAGAAUUUGGGAAAUGGUGUUAAAGUGAAGGUUCUUGUUUAUGAAGAAGAAUACAUUGUAACCUUAAAAAGAAAAUCCAAUGGAAGUUAUAUGCUUACGCAGAAUGGCCCGCACUCGUCAAAGCUAAUGGUUUCCAAACAAACAAUCUAA